AGUUCUGGAGCUUUGUCCUCCCAAGGAGUUGGGGUAAGAAUCUUCCACCGGGCACCUGCCAGAAUGAUGAACUGUAAGUCCAACUCGUUGACUUGCCUCCAAGGAGGAAAACCGGGGAUGCCCGUCGCUGCCACCACGGACUCCACCGCCACCUUGAAUAAGCUAGCCCUGGCCACGGGGGGCACCGAGAAGUCGUGGUACCGUUGCAUCUUCCCCUUUGGCAUCGUUGCCUUGGUGAUCGGCAUCGCCGCCACCUGCAUCACCUUCACCAUCAAUGGGCCCCAGAUGGACAUUGCCAAGGUGGUCUCGGUGGCCACCUUGAUUUUUGGAGUCGGCCUCUUGGUGGCCGCGUUGGUCUGCUGGCGGGCCAAACGAGAGCGUCAACGGAAGAAGAAGCAGGAAGAGCCCCUUCCCUUAGAACCAGCCCACCCUUGA